AACGUUUAAGGUUAUGUGAACUCUGAUGUAGCAAUAAUGGCAAAAGUUGAACAUUUAGUAUUUUUAAAAUUAUAUUUAAUAUUAAUAAGUGUAGUAAAUUUAUCAAGUGCCAUUUAUGAAGAUCAAGUAGGAAAAUUUGAUUGGAAACGAUCUUUCAUAGGAAAAAGCAAAUUUGCAGAAAUUGAUUCCAAGAGGAUUGUCAUUGCCACUGAACAGAAUGUUUUAGCUAGUUUAAACCUCAAAAAUGGUCAAAUUUUGUGGAGACAUAUAUUAGAAGACCCCAAAGAAUAUGAAAUAAAACUAUUGUACAUAGACAGAGAUAUAUACACAGUAUCAGGGACAAUAAACACUUGGAUAGUUCGAAGCUGGGAGAUCAACACAGGAGCUCUUAUUACGGAAUGGCCGAUUAUUACCGAUAAAUUACCACCCAUGGACUUUCGUGUAAUAGAUGGAAAACUCAUCAAUAUUAUUCCAGUUUUGGGAUCCCAUUUGGAAGUUUCUAGUUAUUACCUUUCUACAGGUGAAGUAAUUGAAAAGAACUUGAAAAUAUCAGCACCUUGGGUAAAGGAUACUUCAAAUUGUGUGGUUUCCAGCUCUAAGUAUGUGUGUUUAUCAAGUAAUGACUAUUCAGGUCAGUUGUAUUUUAUUGAUUUCCUUACUAAAGAUGAUGCAGUUCAUUCAAAAUCAAUACAAAGUAUCUUAGGUGAUGGCUUGGGACCAAUUAGUAUUAAGCAGUUGAACACAAACAUUCCAGCUUUUCUGUUAAUUUCCAAUAGAUUAGAAAAAUUAGUUGAAAUAGAAAAAGAAAAUAUUAAAAUCAAAGAAAUUGAUAUUUCUGGAGAAACUUAUAUAGCUAGAAACGAGGAUAAACUGGUAUUAUAUCAGUUUGAGGCUAGUAGUACUCCUGAUAAAUUAAUUAGCCUAGUUUCUAAGGAAUACUCCUCAGGACAAGAGUUGUCAAGAGUUGAUGUGGACUAUCCUAUAGGAGUAGGAGUGCCAGUAAUUAUUGCAAGCUCCUUAAAAGGAUCUAAUGGUAUCCUGGUGAUUAGCACAUCAGAUAAUGCUUUAUUAACAAUUAAAAUACCAGAAGGAAAAGUCCAAUGGACUAUAGAGGAAGCACUUAGUGAUAUAGUUGCUACUGAAUUUUUUGAAUUACCAAUGUCUGAAUUAGAUGCCUCUAUUGAAAAUGAAUUUAAGACAAAUUCUAAUAAUCUUAUUAAUAUGCUCAUCCACAGAUUAAGUACUCAGGCUAAACAGUUGUCUAAUUUAAUUUUUGGUAGUCAGUUAUUAUCAGCUAAUGGUUUAGUUAGAGAUGAAUUUGGUUUCCAUAAACUUAUUGUAGUGGCAACAAAAGUAGGAAAAUUGUUUGCUAUUGAUACUUUAUCUGGAUCUAUAGCAUGGAGUUAUAGACUACCAAAUGUUAGGCCUUUUAAGUUAUUGGAAAAGGAUAAGAUGUUUCUGUUUGUACAAAGAACUGCUAGAUAUGCUCCACUUCCUGCACUAUGUACGCUUCUUGCUGAAGAUUCUACAAGUGGAAAUGCAGUUUUGUUUCAAUUUGAUCCUAUUACAGGAUAUUCCACAAAAGGCAUUGAAAAAUUAGAGUACAAGCUUGCACAGGCAAUGUUGUUGCCAUAUGAAGAUGAAAAUAAUCUUAAACCUGUUCUAUUGCUCUCGUCUGAACAUCAAGCGUCUGUGCACCCACCAACAGCCAAGCUAUUUGUAUAUAAUUAUAUAAAACAGAAUCACAUUUUCUUAGUAGAUAGUAAGAAAAAUAGUCUUAAAGGCUACAACUUUUACCACAGUACCAAAGAAGAAUUUAAACUUACUCCUACAUGGGAAAUAAAGUUCAGUCCCGGCAAAAUAGUAUCAGUUAACACAAAGCAUCCCAAUGAAAGGGUACAUUCCCAAGGAAGGGUUCUUCCUGAUAGAUCAGUGUAUUAUAAAUAUGUCAACCCCAAUCUAAUUAGUGUUGCCACAGUAAGUGAAGAUCCAGUUCAUAAGCAUGUAUUAAGUAUAUACUUAAUUGAUGGUAUUUCUGGCCUUAUCAUGUAUUCAACAUCACACAAAAGAGCCAAAACUCCUAUUAAGAUGGUGCAUUCUGAAAAUUGGUUAGUGUACUCAUACUUUAGUGAGAGAUUUAGAAGAACGGAAGUGGUUUCUGCUGAAUUAUAUGAAGGGCAUGUUCAAAGUAAUAGUACAGUGUUCAGUUCUCAUGCUAUUAGUGUGUUACCUCAUGUCCAAACACAGUCUUAUAUAUUACCAGCCACUCCUGUUGAUUUAACAGUCACUUUAACAGAGAAAGGCAUAACAAAUAAGUUUCUACUUCUUGGAUUGUCCACUGGAGUUGUCAUAGAGAUACCUUGGCUGCUGCUACAGCCUAGAUUCAAUGAUAUACCUUGUGGUCCUGAAGAAAGCUGUAUUCCAUAUAUGCCAGAGGUUCCUCUACCAGCAGAGGCCAUCAUUAACUACAACCAGUCAUUAAGUGGCAUAAAGGGAAUAGAGGUAGCUGCUGCUAGACUUGAAAGUACUUGCCAUGUCUUAAUACAUGGUUUAGAUAUGUUUUAUACUCGGGUGGCUCCUUCAAAGACAUUUGAUGUAUUGAAGGAAGAUUUUGAUUAUAUAAUGAUUGUACUAGUGUUAACAGGACUUGUUUUAGCUAGUUAUAUUACCAAAUAUCUUGCUUCAAAAAAGACUCUAAAGCAAAUGUGGAAAUAGAUUGUUAACUAGUCAAUUUGAUGUUGUUUAAAUUAGAUUUUUUAUUACAAUUUGUUUCAAAAGUCUGUUCAAUAGUAAAUUGUAGUUUCUGAGAAUAGUUCAAAAUAUUUAUAAGUAGAUAAAACUGUUGCCCAUUAAAAAAAAUUGUAUGUAUAUUGUUCUACUAAUUCAAUUCUUUUAUUUCUACCUUUUACUUUUUUAUAUUUGCUAAUAAUUCAAAUAUCCUGAUGAUACAAUGCUCAGUGUAAUGCCAUCAUAAAUGUAGAAUUUUGGAAAAAAACAAAGAGUAAACAUGUUUAUAUUCAAUAAUGAAGUAAUGAAAUGGCAUUUGACAUUUUUUUAUUUUUCGAGGCUAAAUAAUAUUCAGAUAUAUUAUACUAUACUGGUUUUGAAAUAUAUUCAUUAAGUGUACCAAAUCUCAUAUGAUGCCUUAAUGUUAACAUUUUGAUCCACAAACUUAUUUUACUGAAAUUGUUGUAAAUAUUUGUUGUGUAAGAGUUUAGCAUAAAGUUUCAUUUUCAUAAAGUCAUUUUUAUUGCAUUAUUUAUUGUAUAUGGUUCCUGUAUGAUUAUGAUAAUUUUUAUUAAGUUGUUAAUAAGUAUUGUAUAUGAUUUAAAUUACCACAAAUGAAUAAUUUUAACAGUUAUGAUGGCAAUAAAAAUUGGUAGAC